AUGAGUAGUGCAGAUAUUUUGACGCUCCGCUGUGGUGGGAUGAUGGAUGGCUCUCUGCGUUACCAGACCAUCCCCUCGCGGUGUUCGGCGUGCGGGCGGCACACGCGUGGUGCCUCCUCCAUGGUGCGUAUCUCUGCCGGGGAGAUGGAGUCCUACCACCGCUUUCUGGGGGUGUGUCAGAAGACUGAGUCAGCCACGGGGAGAAGUAUGUCCUCCCUCUCUUCCCUCUCACCCUCCUUCUCAGCACCUCUCCUUCACUCCACCCCCCUGCCCUCUGUCAGGUAGUUGAUUGAUGGGAUGCUGCUAAGGCCCUGCUAUAUGUAAAUGCUUUGGUGAGAUUUCAUUAGUCUGCUGCUGCUAUCUGAGGUAUGCCUUUCCUUCUAAUAUUAGACUGAUGCAUUUCUGAAUAGGCAUGGCAGUUCUCACCUUCUCAGACAUGCUUACUGUAUGCCAGGUUGCUUUCCUAUUUGCAUGUCAAAUGGCUUGCAUUGUCCAGGAUAGAAAGCUCCACAUCACAACAACCUUUAAAAUAAUACUUGAGUAGAACAUGUCUUAUACCAUGCAUGCAAGCAUGCACAAUUUUGAUUGUUUCCCUCUUUGGAGAAGUGGCAAUGACAGCAGAAAAAAACAGCUCCAGGUUUUUAUAAAAAAACAUCUGAAUCAGCGUGUCUAUGGUUGGAUAAAGCUGUCCUGUCUGACUGUUUUCAAUAUGUGGGAAAAGACUAGCUGGCAGUAUGUCUCAAUGCCCCAAAGUUUAAUGAUAUCACAAAAUAACCUACCCAGAAGCCGUUGAUGGUCCCACAAACCCUCAAUGCCUAGACAUUCUCUCUUAUGUGUGAUUAUCCCUUGCAAUUGAAUGUACAGCAUUUGUCAAAUAGUCACCUAUGGUAUCCAGUUAGCUGCCAAGCCUAUGUCCUUAUAAUAUAAUAAUAUAAUGUCCUUCAGGGCAUCUGGUUCAAAAUAUGUGUAUCUAAAGAUUUAAAUGCAAUUAAAUUGUUUGGGUACGUUCAAGUAAGGAUAUGUGUCACUUUUUGCUCUUCCUGGACUGUCUGUAUCCGAAGGUGGAUCUGAGAUAAUGUUCUUUAGUCGGAACAAAGUGACACAUUCUAUUGCCAGAAAGCAGUUUCCGAAUCUGUCCAAGUGGAAUUCCAAGAAGUAUUUGAUUGUAAAUAGGAGAAUGGGGUAUCCAUCUUAAUGUCAUGAGUGUAUGACUGAAACCAUAAUGACCAUCACAUGGCUUUGACGUCUCUUCCUCAGAGAUCCUUUCAUCUCUUAGCACCAUAAUGAUGUCCAUUCGUUCUGUUCCUAGGACAAGUUUCCACAUGAAUGUUGGCCAGAAUUCAUGGUCAAAAUCCCAAUUUGUUGCCCUAUUUUUUUCCCAAUCGGUUGGUUGGUAUUCCCUCCACCUGAAGUUGAGAUUAUUACACAGCUGGGGUUCGUUCAACUUCCAAAGACAGCUUGCUUAGCUUUCAUUUGAUAUCCAUCACUAGGGGAGUUUUGUUUUUGGAAGAUAAAUGGACCUGUCUGACACAUCCUUUUAUUGUUUUCUUGUAAGGCUGCCCUUUUCCUGAGUGUCAAUGGGAAACGUGCUCUUUUGGAUGUACACUACCAGUCAAAAGAUUGGACAAACCUACUCAUUCAAGUUUUAUUUUUACUAUUUUCUACAUUGUAGAAUAAUAGUGAAGACAUCAAAACUAUGAAAUUACACAUAUGGAAUCAUGUAGUAACCAAAAAAGUGUUAAACAAAUCAAAAUAUAUUUUAUAUUUGAGAUUCUUCAAAGUAGCCACCCUUUGCGUUGAUGACAGCUUUGCACACUAUUGGUAUUCUCUCAACCAGCUUCAUGAGGUAGUCACCUGGAAUGCAUUUCAAUUAACAGGUGUGCCUUUGUGGAAUUGAUUUCCUUCUUAAUGCGUUUGAGCCAAUCAGUUGUGUUGUGACAAGGUAGGGGGUAUACAGAAGAUUGCCCUAUUUUGUAUAAGACCAAGUCAAUAUUAUGGCAAGAACAGCUCAAAUAAGCAAAGAGAAAUGACAGUCCAUCAUUACUUUAAGACAUGAAUCUCAGUCAAUACGGAACAUUUCAAGAACUUUGAAAGUUUCUUCAAGUGCAGUCGCAAAAACCAUCAAGUGCUAUGAUGAAACUGGCUCUCAUGAGGACCGCCACAGGAAUGGAAGACCCAGAGUUACCUCUGCUGCAGAGGAUAAGUUCAUUAGAGUUGCCAGAAAUUGCAGCCCAAAUAAAUGCUUCACAGAGUUCAAGUAACAGACACAUCUCAACAUCAACUGUUCAGAGGGGAAUGUGUGAAUCAGGCCUUCAUGGUCAAAUUGCUGCAAAGAAACCACUACUAAAGGACACCAAUAAGAAGAAGAGACCUGCUUGGUCCAAGAAACACGAGCAAUGGACAUUAGACAGGUGGAAAUGUGUUGUUUGCUCUGGAGUCCAAAUUGGAGAUUUUUGGUUCCAACCGCCAUGUCUUUGUGAGACGCGGUGUGGAUGAACGGAUGAUCUCCGCAUGUGUAGUUACCACCGUAAAGCAUGGAGGAGGAGGUGUUAUGGUGUGGGGGUGCUUUGCUGGUGACACUGUCUGUGAUUUAUUUAGAAUUCAAGGCACACUUAACCAGCAUGGCUACCACAGCAUUCUGCAGCGAUACGCCAUCACAUCUGGUUUGGGCUUAGUGGGACUAUCAUUUGUUUUUCAACAGGACAAUGACCCAACACACCUCCAGGCUGUGUAAGGGCUAUUUUACCAAGAAGGAGAGUGAUGGAGUGCUGCAUCAGAUGACCUGGCCUCCACAAUCCCCCGACCUCAACCCAAUUGAGAUGGUUUGGGAUGAGUCGGACCGCAGAGUGAAGGAAAAGCAGCCAACAAGUGCUCAGCAUAUUUGGGAACUCCUUCAAGACUGUUGGAAAAGCAUUCCAGGUGAAGCUAAGAGUGUGCAAAGCUGUCAUCAAGGCAAAGGGUGGCUACUUUGAAGAAUCUCAAAUAUAAAAUAUAUUUUGAUUUGUUUAACACUUUUCUUGGUUACUACAUAAUUCCAUAUGUGUUAUUUCAUAGUUUUGAUGUCUUCACUAUUAUUCUACAAAAUAAAGAAAAACCCAAACUUUGACUGGUACUGUAUGUCGAUUUACGAACCAAAAUAUCUACUAUAUUCAAACUUCCUCUCCAACAAUAUUGAAGGAGAUUACAUCAGUACUGUUUGUAGAUCCAUGACCAUGGAGAUGUCCUGAGUACAUAUGGAAUUGUAUACUGUAUAGAUGUACUGUAUGUGACACUGCUUUGUGAGAAAAUUAGCAACGCUAGCACUGCGAUGCAGUGCCUUAGACCACUGCGCCACUCGGGAAUCUUCUUAGAGAGAGAAAUAUUAGCAGUCUCAUAUUCUCCCUGUGUGUGGAUAUCAGUGUGAUCGUGAGGCCUUCCCCUCCCCCACAAGCACUGGUGGAGGGUGAUGGUGGAGAGAUGCUUGGCCUAGUUCUUCCAAAAACACUACCUCACUCUGUUUUAUGGGCUCCUGCUCCGCUCAGCAUGGAGUGUUGGUCACAGCUUCUCAUGUCCCUUUAGUUAAAUAAAUAUUCCACCCAAAAACUAUAUUUUGGUAUUUGUUUCAUUAGUCCAUUGUUGACAUAGUCCCAAAAUGUUUUGCUUGUCAGCACUCAAGUAUUCAAGAUAUGUAACUUUUAAAAUACAGAAUUUGCAUUAUAUGAUGCAAAACACAGCAUCAUGUGAUGCAAAAUGUAUCAUACAGGGAUGAUUUCUGUAUUUUGAAAGUUACAUAUCUUGGAAAUGUGAGUGCUGUCAAGCAAAACAUUUUGGGACUAUGUCAACAAUGGACUAACGAAACAAAUACCAAAAGAUAGUUUUUGGGUGGAAUAAGUGUGAUUAGUGUGUGGCAUUUAGGCUAUAUGUGGUGGAUAUUGUAGGCUACGCUUUUCAUACAAAAAACUUGAGUGUAUAUGUGACGUGUUUCUUCCAUUUGGAAAGAGAACAAUGCAAAAUGUAUCAACAUAUUGAUUUGCACUCCUUCCCAACAACUGUCUGUCUCCUUAUUUUGUCCUCAAUAAUGGCCUUUUGUUACGUAACCCUGUAACACUAGGCUUAUUGUCUGUGUGUGAGGUCCAUGGUGGCUCAGGCAGGCAGGUCGACAGGGCAGAGAGGGAGUCUAGCUAACUUCCUGUCUACCUGUUCAGACACAGCUGAUCUCCCUGCUGUAGACUGCUGCUGACCUGCCAAGUGAUUAAACCCAGAGCUAAUUAUCCCAUAAUAGCCGAUCUACUGGCUGCUUUCUCUUUCUCCCGCUCUUAUUGAGGCUACAUGCAGGCGCACAAUUACCCGCUGUCCCUGGGUGGGUGAAGAAAGAUUGUUUACAAAAUCAAGGGUAGAGUUUUAAGUCUAAACCCUGACAUAGAUUCAAAGUACCACAUGGAGUGAGGUUUUUUAAAUGAAAUGUGUUUAUGAAAUUGUAUACUAAAUUAAGGUCCCUUAAAACAUGGUUUUCAUGUUGUCGUUUGUGACGAUUGUAACACAUUUCAUGUGGCAAACUGGACAGCACAUGUUUCAGUGAAUCUCACUAUUUUGGAAUCCAGUGUACAAUGGGAAGGAAAGCUACUUAUUUAACAUACAAUGCCUCCGUAGCUGCCACCGGUGUUUUGGAACAUACUUCCUCUAGGACCAUAAACACCCUUGUCUUACCAUGCAGCUGCUCUGAGAAGGGGGAUGGAGGGAGGGAGGGGGGUCACGUUCAGUCAUCCAGAGAGAGAACAGAGGAGAGACAGAGAGUCAGAUCAGAAAGGGGUGCACAGUCAGCAUUUGACUUUAAUGAAGAGGGAUGAUGCUGAAGGGAGGAGAACACCAGAGCACAACACAUAAUUAACUUUCUUUCUUUCUUUCUACCUACCUACCUACCUACCUACCUACCUACGGGGCUGCCCCCCCCCCCCCUCCCCAACUUAAAGAGGCAGUAAGCAGUGUGUUUCUUCUCCCUCCUCCCUGAAUCCUGAUAGGUUGUUUGUGUGGCUGCUGUGCACUGAGAGAGCCUUGUGAGAGAUUAGAGUGGAGCUGUGAGACGCAGCUAGGGCUGGAAAAAUUGUCCAAAGAAACAGAUGCACUCCUUCCUUAGAAAAUACUUUCCGAGCUGUGUGUGUCUGGCGUUACUUACUCGGGAAGUAUGAAGAGGUGAAAGGGGAUGAAAAUGGUUGAAAAACGUGUUUUGAGAAACUUCCGCUGCUGGCUGUGUGAUUUCGCCCCGUCGCCUGGAUUAGUGUGACUUUUCUCUCUCUUCACACCCGACUAUAGUGGCACUAUGAUUAAGAGAACCAGACCUGUCAUAGGUAAGGUAUUUCGACUCCCCUCGUUCGCUGCCUCUCUGUCGGGAGUUAUAGGGUGUUUACAUGCCAAACAGAGACACGUUUGUUCUCACUCAUGUUGCUAGCCUUAGUCCUAGACUUUAUUUCCAUUACAACAGAAUACCAAGAGGCUGAUAUAUUCUUCAGUGUUUCUUCUGAGGAGCUCAAGGGACUCUUGCCUGUCUGUCCAUAGUUAAUGCUGAGGGACAAAAUGCCUCCGUUUUUUUGUAGUUUUCUGUGGGGGAGUGUGCCUCAGGCUUUUAUGACUUUCUGUUGGCGGCCAACUGUGUGUGAAAUUAAAUUGUUGCGUGAUAAACGUUAUGUAGGCUACAAAUAUAUAACAUUGUUGUAAUUUCUUUGUGUAAUUUAUCCAGUCCUCUACUCAUUAUUUCACAACAGCUGCAAUGUUGUUAAUUAGUAGGCUAAGCAAUUAUGCUUUUUGAGCCUUUACUGAGCCUUUGUAUAAAUAGAUUUACAGGGAAUGUAGGGUAAAGUGAAGUAGGCUACUUGAUUUAGGGAAUUCUCGGAUCUUGUACAUGAUCAUAUAACUCACCAUAGCUAAUGAUUGAAAGGAUACCUGGUUGCCCUCCAUGUAGUUUGAGGUAAGCGAACGUUAAACAUAUAUUCAAUAAAUUAUGUACUUUCCAGGAAGAGAAAAUGGUGCCCUGAUCUGCAGCAAGCAUACAGUACAACUCUCUCAUGGGAAUCAUAAAAGUUUAGGGUUGUUCAAUUGUUGCCAGUCAAAUAGGUCCAUAUCUUACAAUAUUGCAUUGCACUUUGACCCUUAUGCAAUCAACAAUCUUUAAUAUCCACUGUUAAUGGAUAAUACAUUCAGACAGUAUACAACACUGCUUGGUUUAGGGGAAAAUACAGUAUGUACUGUAAGUCCUCAUAUCCAGUAGAUGUGUUCUUGUAGCUGAGAGUGAAUGUGUAUGUUUCUGCUCAUUGGAGCAGAUGGAGAAGGCUGAAGGCUCCCUUGCACAAGGUGAGGUGAACACUGGGAUGAGGUGUGUGGAGCGCAGAGGACGGUGCCCCUCUGUGUUGCCAUGGCAUUAAUUCAUGGCGUCUCCACACGUUGCUGGCACAACCUGCCACAGAAUCAACACCGUGUGGACAACACACCCACCAGACUAAAAAUACAGCACAUAUGACUGACUAGGGCCUGGAGUUUAUCCUGACCACGUGAUCUGACUAUAGGGAAAACUCUGGAUGGCCAGGACUGGAUAAAGUGCAGUGUGUGUUAAUACACUCCUUUUAUACCAUGGCCAGACAGAGGGUGUUUUGUUCACAGUGAAAAGCUAGCUGCAGUGUGCUUCAGGCCAGGGUGACCCCAAACCAUUAAGGCAGACUGAUGGAGCUUCAUCAACCCUCCUUCCCCUCCUCCCCUCCAAGCAUCCAGAAUAACUACUAAGUCUUACAGGAACAACACAAUGAAAGGAUGAUCUGUGUGAAAGGGGGAUACUGUUGCUACCACAGCUUGUAAUGGAAAUCUAACAAAGGCACACAAAGCUCAUCUGCAUUCACAGCUAAAGGUCUUGACUGCGAGGGGCAGCGUUACACAUGGAGACCACUGUUUGAGAGAGAACAGACACUGUGGAAAGGUCCAGAUCCGAGCCUUGGCCUUGCCCUCAUUUUCCACAGAUCAUACUGAGCUGACUAGUCAGACAUGUAGAUCACAGGAGGUUGGGGGCACCUUAAUUGGGGAGGAAGGGCUCGUGGUAAUGGCUGGAGCGGAAUGAAUGGAAUGGUAUCAAAUGCAUUAAACACAUGGUUUGAUGCCAUUCCAUUUGCUCCGUUCCAGCCACCACUGAUGUAGAUGGAUUGUCCACCGAUGAUGACUGGGCCAGGGUAUGGCCUCGGGGCUUGAUUAGUUGGGACACAUUGUACGCUAGUGUUUUAAUAAUACUGCUCUCUCUAUGAUAUUGUGAUCUCUGACUGGAGGCGUUCUCUUGUUUCCCUCCCCAGAUGAGAUCAUGCAGCAAGAGAUCAGGCCCCUGCUGGCCGUCAACAUCAUAGAGCAGCUGCACCGGCAGUUUGCCCUGCUCUCAGGUAUGUAGCUAGGGGCUCUGUCUCCUCUCCUUAAUCCUGCUUCCCUCACACACAGACAGGCAGAGUCAUCACUGUAUUUCAUUGUAACGUUAUCAGUUAAAAGGUCAUUUCCAGUGUUGACCUUAAAUCAUGAUUGAGUUAUGACCAGACUUGAACCUUUUAAGACUACUGAUCGAUAGGAGUUCCUCUUAAUUACUUCCUGUCCCAGAGGUCACAGGAGGUUGGUGGCACCCUAAUUGGGGUAGAACGGGCUUGUAGUAAUGACUGGAACGGAAAUAGUGGAAUACAUCAAACACAUGGUUUCUAUGUGUUUGAUGCCAUUCCAUUUGCUCCGUUCCGGCCAUUAUUAUGAGCAGCCUUCUGUGACAGAGGUCUGAUCUGCUCCAUGACAAUAACGGCAUUAUCACAUUACACCAUGAACCAUUUCCUGCCAGGAUGUCUUCUUCUCUCUGACUAUAUUCACAAGCUUUGUUCUGAGUGCCUGAAAUGGCCACUUUUGGGAUCCGGAAGUAGUGAAUGUGUACGUACAUACGUACAGUGUACAUGCAUGCAUACAGUACUGUAUAGUCUUAUUAACACGUAUGUGAGAACAUUGAGUCCCCUAUAUCAUAUCUGUAUGCUCACAGAUCACCCAGAAGACUCUCUCAAACAUUUUCCAUCUCUGCGUUAUUUCCAUCAUAACCUUCUUGGAGCACAAAUAAAUGAGUCUUAAUCUCCUGCCAUAUCCAUAUUUGAGUUACUGGAGACAUAGAAGUGACAGAGGUGUAGAGCCUAAGCUGGGACAAUAACAGAGGUAGUUGUGGGUAGUUAUUGGGCGGGACGUCCACACCAAAGCCUCUGGCUCCACAGGGAUUGUUUCCAUUCCUUCCCACCCAUGUCAAACCACCAGGGGUCGGCCUGCUGCGCUCCUGCCAAGCUGAUGCCUCAGUCUAAAAACCCUGGCUUAGAAAAGCUAGCUUUCAGACUAAUGUAAUUUAACUGUGGAAAAAACACUGUUUUAUGACCUACACCGCAAGCCGGUUUUCAUUCUUAAUGGGUCUGUCAGUGGUCUCCAUUAUUUUUCGCAAAAUGGUGAUGCUGAUAUCUGACAGGGUCACAAACAAAGUUUUCCUCCAAUAUUACUUUCAGGCAGUACUCCUGCCCUACUUACCUUAUACCUGAAGAGGUGGUGCUGAGUGGAGUUUUCCAGGCAGCGCUGUAUUUUCUAACUCUGAUUAUUAUCUGAUGUAGUGUUGAUGUCAGUGAGAGAAGUAGACAACAGAAGCCCUGACAUAUGUAAGGAUCUCAUGUGCUGGCAGGUAUGGAUUCUUCUGCCAUCAGCAGGUAAUUGGAUGUGUCUGGCUGGGAGGACUGAUAGGUGAGGUGUCACCCUGUGGAAUGGAUGGCAGGCGAGAUGGCACAGGAAAUUAACAACAUGCUGCUUUUAGCACAAAGACAGUGACAACGUUGGAGAUUGGGAGGAGGGUGUUAUGCUUAUCUGUGUGAUUGGUACAUUUUUUUUAACCGAGCGAGAGAAGGGAGAGGCGGAGAAGUUAGUCAAUGCGUGUUGAAAGUAAAGAGCUACCGUUACCUCACCACUAAUAUCAAAGGCAAUGCUUCUUGACAUGCUCCUCAAGAAUGAGAGUAAUGUAUCAAAAUAAUGCUGGUGCCCAGACACAAGGGCCUUAAGUAGAAAAUCAGACUGCCUCGGACAAAUUAAGGCAGAGCACAAAGAUACAAUGUACAGCAGUUCCCCUCUGUCAUCCUAAACUGAACUGUUUUGACGUUGAGAAGAAUUCACCCUAAAUAAUAAGGACCACCCCUAUUCCCCGAUCUCCACUCAUGAAUGCAAGCACUGGGGGCAUGAUGACGAGUGAGAAGGAACACCUUGCUGCUCCACUAUGCUUUGUCAUAGUGAUAUACUUGUACUGAUCAAUCUCUCAUUGUAGAGAUAUAGGAUCAUGGAUUGUAAUAUGGCUGCUUCUGAUUGCUUCAUUUGUUUCAGGAUUUAAUAAGAAACAUUUUCAACAUUUUCACUAUCAAACUUGUUAAGUUGCAUGUUUCAAAUAAUUAAAUAAUGACUUAAUUGUCAAAAGAUUAUCACAUAUCAAACAUUGGCAAGCUAACAAUGCUGACAUUAUUUAACCCAAUGCCACCACCUUGUGGUUCGUUAGUAGAAAUAUAACUUUUCUAUUGACGUCAUCACCAAUAAUAUCUGUAACAGCCGAAUGUAGGAUUGCAUCCAAUUAAAUGUUUAUUUGCCUGUAGAUAUCUGGUAUAAAUAAAUGAAUGAAUGAAUGUAACAAAAUGUACACAUUUAUAACAACCUAUUGUUUUACUUCUCUAUGUGCAGGAGGAAGAGGGAAAGAUGGCGCCCCAAUCAUCACCUUCCCUGAGUACUCAGGCUUCGGCGACCUCGUAGUGGAGGACUUCCAGAAUGUUGUAACAUAUCUGACCAGUAUCCCCAGGUAUAGUAGGAGCAAUGCAUUUAAAGCUUUCUUUCCAACCAUGCAUAUUCUCCCAUGGUUAUGCAGUUCAGAUCAAUACAGCACUUUUGGUGCACUUUAUUUUCCCACAGUGGAGAACAGAGGCUUAGUGUAAUGCUACCAGUGCUUAAUUUGUAAAUUGGGAGAGCGGGGUGAUCUGGGGGGCUCUGAGAUACCGGAACGCAUACAAAAAAAUCACUGUUAUAAUAAAGUAGUGCAUGCAUUAUCAUAGCUUUUGUGUACUGGCAUAGAGCAGUAGAGUAGAAGGGCUUGCUGAAGUUGCACACAUUGGUCAAUUUUUUUGUAGCCUAGGGUCCGGGAAUUUUUUUAACCUUUUUAUAAACGUAUUUCAUGCAAUCCUACAUAAUUUUAGAUGACUGGAGACUUUAGCAGAAUCUUUUUUAAUACCUCCCAAAUGAUCGAAAUGACAUGCUACGUUAACACUGACAAACUGAGAAUCUGAGAUCAAUAAAAACGACCUCGUCUUGAAUCCAUCAAUAGCCUAGGCCUUGGUGUGUGGAGACACACAUAUUGUACAAUUAGAGGAAGAAAUUCUAGUCCUAAAAAUGCUUUCCAGUUUCACUGACUGACCCAAUGGUGCAGAGCUCACUCACCAGCGAUGGCCUAUGCGCUCGUGCCAAAAAUGGAUCUCUCUUGUUUGACUUGGUAAAACAAUGCUGUUUGCUCAAUAGGGCUAUUUGGAAGUUGAUAACCUUAUUUUUUUAUUUUAUUUAACCUUUAUUUAACUAAGCAAGUCAGUUAAGAACAAAUUCUUAUUUACAAUGACGGCCUACACCGGCCAAACCCGGACGACGCUGGGCCAAUUGUGCGCCGCCCUAUGGGACUCCCAAUCACGGCCGGUUGUGAUACAGCCUGGAAUCAAACCACGGGGUCUGUAGUGACGCCUCAAGCACUUAGAUGCAGUGCCUUAGACCGCUGCGCCACUCGGGAGCCUACAGACAGAUUAGAGCUCUCUUCACAGCAGGAUCCAUUUGCUUUACAACCUGGGUUUUACCGCGAUUGUAGACAUAUUUUAAAUAUUGGGAAAGGCCUGUUUUGGUUGCAUGCUGUUCACUAACAGAUUUGCCUCGCAUUCCUGACUGUAGGCAUGCCUUGUGAUUGGGCAGCACACAAUCCACAGUUAGGCACUUUAAAAAAAUAACAUAAGCUAUUGAUCCUCUGUGGCUAAAGUAUAGGCCUACUCCUGGUGUAGUAUUCUGAAUUGUUUCAUUUAUUUAUGAUCAGACAGGAGUAAUUCUAUAACUUUGGCAAAUGUAGCCUAUUUCAAUUUAUCACGGGUGCUGCAGCACCUCCAGCGCCCUUCCCGCAGCUAUUACAUUUACAUUUACGUCAUUUAGCAGAUGCUCUUAUCCAGAGCGACUUACAGUUAGUGAGUGCAUACAUUUUUUUUUCUUCUUCAUACUGCCCCCCCCCCCCCCCCCCCCCCCCCGUGGGAAUCGAACCCACAACCAACUGAGCUACAUCCCUGCCAGCCAUUCCCUCCCCUACCCUGGGCCAAUUGUGCACCGCCCCAUGGGUCUCCCGGUCACAGCCGGCUACGACAGAGCAAUGCGAUGCAGUGCCUUAGACCACUGCGCCACUCGGGAGUCAUGAUUCAAUAAGAAAAUAAAUGAUGAAGUGCAACGCUGAAGAGAUGAGAGUUGCAGGCUCAUGUCUAUCAGAGCAGAGAGAGAUCACAGCAAUGGCCACGCGUUGGUCUAUAUAGGCUACACUGUUGCCAAACCAUAAACCCAGGCUGGCACAACACAAAUACAUUCUUAGAAUAUCAGGCAUGUUUUCACAUUACGGUUUUUAAUGGGCAGAAUAAUUACAGAGGAGUCAACUUGAACUAACUCAGAUUGCUUUUAUUAUAAUUUUUACAUUGCAAACAGUGGAGAAAAUAAAUUCAAGCCACGAGAGGUACCGGAUCCUGGCAAAUGGGUUCUGGAACGAAACAGACCAGAAAUGAGAGAUGCCGGAUCCUGUUCUGGCAGGAUCCAGCUCAAAUUAAGCACUGAAUGCUACUGUAUAUUUGAUCAUGGCAGGUCAAAGAGUGAUGCUUCUAGCAGCACAGUGAUGCAAUGCUUUUAAAGACUGUGGCUUGAAGAAAGACAUUGGUUUACAGACGUAGUAAUGCACUGGGCACACCACAUCAUUUCAACUUGGAUAAUUGGGUAAUAUUUGGUUGAGAGGUUGAUCAGUGAGAUUAAAACCCAGUGGUGGAAAAAGUACUCAAUUGCCAUACUUGAGUAAAAGUAAAGAUACCUUAAUAGAAAAUGACUCUAGUAAAAGUGAAAGUCACCCAGUAAAAUAUUACUUGAGUAAAAGUCUCUAAAAGUAUUUGGUUUUAAAUAUAUUUAAGUAUCAAAAGUAAAAGUAUAAAUCAUUUCAAAUUGCUUAUAUUAAGCAAACCAGACAGCACAACUUUCAUGUUUUUUUAAUGUACGGAUAGCAAGGGUCACACUACAUUAUGCAGACAUAAUUUACUAUCGAAGCAUUUAUGUUUAGUGAGUCUGCCAGAUCAUAAGCAGUAGGGAUGACCAAGGAUGUUCUCUUGAUAAGUGCGUGAAUUGGACCAUUUUCCUGUCCUGCUAAGCAUUCAAAAUGUAACGAGUACUUUUGGGUGUCAGGGAAAAUGCUCAGUUGAGUAUGAAUUAUAUUAGGCCAGAUAACACAUUAAGAUGUUAGACAUGAGCAACUUCAUUCACCCUUUUGUCAGGGUAACAUAUUGAGAAUGUUAAUGACCCUCACUUAAAACCUCUUCCCUGUAAAAGACCCCAAACAUUACACAAGUCUACACAGCUCCUCUAACACUGUUAACUAUAAUGGCCUGGUUCAAAGAGUGCUGAAGUGAUUUUGUGUAAACUCUGUUUAAACUGUACAGAGACGGAGCACAGCAGUGUACUGUAGUGCCCUCUUGGAUAUGUCUUGUGACUGCAUGCUUGGAUAGCUUCACCUACCGCAUGUGUUUAUUUCCAUCUUUCCUUUGUCUAGUUUGGACGCGGCCAGCAUCGGUUUCGUUAUAAUCAUCGACCGCAGGCGGGACAAAUGGAGCUCAGUGAAGGCUUCGUUGACGCGGAUAGCGGUAUGAAUAUGUCCAUCUUUCACUUCAAACAGGGCUUUUAUCUCUUGCCUGGUUAUCCAGUCUAUUGAAGUCAAACUCAGAGAGGAGUUUAAGCACAAACAGAGGAGUUGGCCACACCACAGACAGAAUGGGCCCAAGCAAUUUUAUCUCAGCAUCAUGUAACAUUGUAAAAUAUAAUUGCGACCAAUGCUCCUAUAUCAGGAAGUCUUGUAAAAAGCAAAUCAUUUUUUGGUAUAAUCUACUGCAAAUUCUUGAGAUGUUCAAUUGAAAGUAAGCGCAGAGCAAAGCUCCCUCCACACAAAGCUAUGAGAUGGUAUGAAGCUGUGUUUUGUACCUGUGCCCACUAGGGGGCAUUUCCAGGGAACCUCCAGCUGGUGUUGGUGCUAAGGCCCUCCCGCUUCUUCCAGAGGGCCAUCGCUGACAUUGGCAUUAAGCUGCACCGGGAUGACUUUAAAAUGAAGGUACCGGUAAGAAUGCUUCGCUACCACUCACCCUUUCCAACUCGUAGAUCGUCUUAGAAAACUUUCCUCUGUGUCUGUGUGUGAGAUAGUGAUUGACCUGAUGUCAUGUGGCGUGUUGCAUGGGAGUGUGAUGUUCAACUGUAAACUAACUGCUAGAACAAUGACUGUACUCACUGCCUGUUUUGCUGGUUUAUGGAAAGCUGUAGAAUGUGACAACAUGGACAGUACCAGUCAAAAGUUUGGACAUCUACUCAUUCAAGGGUUUUUCUUUAUUUUACAAUUUUUUACAUUGUCGAAUAAUAGUGAAGACAUCCAAACUUCAAAUAGCCACCCUUUGCCUUGAUGGCAGCUUUGCACACUCUUGGCAUUCUCUCAACCAGCUUCACCUGGAAUACUUUUCCAACAGUCUUGAAGGAGUUCCCACAUAUGCUGAGCACUUGUUGGCUGCUUUUCUUUCACUCUGCCGUCUGACUUGUCCCAAACCAUCUCAAUUGGGUUGAGGUCAGGGGAUUGUGGAGGCCAGGUCAUCUGAUGCAGCACUCCAUCACUCUCCUUCUUGGUAAAAUAGCCCUUACACAGCCUGGAGGUGUGUUGGGUCAUUAUCCUGUUGAAAAACAAAUGAUAGUCCCACUAAGCCCAAACCAGAUGGGAUGGCGUAUCACUGCAGAAUGCUGUGGUAGCCAUGCUGGUUAAAUGUGCCUUGAAUUCUAAAUAAAUCACAGACAGUGUCACCAGCAAAGCACCCCCACACCAUAACACAUCCUCCUCCUCCAAGCUUUACGGUGGGAACUACACAUGCGGAGAUCAUCCAUUCACCCACACUGCGUCUAACAAAGACAUGGCGGUUUGAACCAAAAAUCUCAAAUUUGGACUCCAGACCAAAGGACAAAUUUCCACCUGUCUAAUGUCCAUUGCUCGUGUUUCUUGGCCCAAGCAGGUCUCUUCUUCUUAUUGGUGUCCUUUUAGUAGUGGUUUCUUUGCAGCAAUUCGACCAUGAAGGCCUGAUUCACACAUUCCCCUAUGAACAGUUGAUGUUGAGAUGUCUGUUACUUGAACUCUGUGAAGCAUUUAUUUGGGCUGCAAUUUCUGAGGCUGGUAACUCUAAUGAACUUAUCCUCUGCAGCAGAUGUAACUCUGGGUCUUCCAUUCCUGUGGCGGUCCUCAUGAGAGCUAGUUUCAUCAUAGCGCUUGAUGGUUUUUGCGACUGCACAUGAAGAAAAGUUAUUGAAAUGUUCAGUAUUGACUGACCUUCAUGUCUUAAAGUAAUGAUGGACUGUCAUUUCCCUUUGCUUAUUUGAGCUGUUCUUGCCAUAAUAUGGACUUGGUCUUUUACCAAAUAGGGCUAUCUUCUGUAUACCCCCCCCCACCUUGUCACAACACAACUGAUUGGCUCAAACGUGUUAAGAAGGAAAGAAAUUCCACAAAUUAACUUUUAAGAAGGCACACCUGUUAAUUGAAAUGCAUUCCAGGUGACUACCUCAUGAAGCUGGUUGCGAUAAUGCCAAGAGUGUGCAAAGCUGUCAUUUACAUUUACAUUUUAGUCAUUUAGCAGACAUCAAGGCCAAGGGUGGCAAUUUGAAGAAUCUCAAAUAUAAAAUAUAUUUUGAUUUGUUUAACACUUAUUUGGUUACUACAUGAUUCCAUAUGUGUUAUUUCAUAGUUUUGAUGUCUUCACUAUUAUUCUACAAUGUAAAACAUUGUUAAAAUAAAGAAUAACCCUUGAAUGAGUAGGUGUGUCAACUUUUGACUGGUAGUAUACAUAUAUUUCCCUUACUUCAUAAUCUUUUUGGUGAAGGCCAAUUCUCCUGCAUUAUGCCCAGACACCUACAGUAUACUGUAACUGUACACAUUUUCGAAGAUAAAAGUUGCAAAACCUCCUCAGACUCCUCACCCACCUUGUGUGUGUGUGUGUGUGUGUGUGUGCGCGCCAUCAUUACUCAAGUGUUGUAUAAUUCAAGUCAAGACAUCUGGUGAUGAACUGGAAAUAGAGAACUGGAAUAAAUCAAACACCACAGAAGCCUGUAUUAACAUUAUGCCAUGAUAAUUAUUGUCUAACCCUGAAAAUAGAUGAGAAAACCCAGACUGAUAAUGCAGAAGAUGCCCUAACGUCUAUAACACACAGCAAUGUAUGUGCAUUUGUUUCACUACAGAUUGUGAUGCUCAACUCCCUGUCUGACUUGCAUGGCUACGUGGAUAAGGGCCAGCUAACAUGUGAUCUUGGUGGGAACCUGGAGUACUGUCACAGCCAGUGGAUCCACCGCCGGACAGUGAGUUACCAUGACAUUGGCCUUUGACCAUACAGCAGUUAUUUUCUGGAUUCACUGGAAACAAUACAAAGUGUGUGUUUUUGCUGUCAGGCCAUUGAGAACUUUGCUGUGACUGUGAAGACCACGGCCCAAAUGCUGCAGAAGUUUGGUACAGACCUGGCAGAGACGGAGCUGCCCAAUGAUGUGCAGUGCACCAAAGACCUACUAACUACUCACACUGAGAAGCACGACAAACUCAGGGUAGGGCUCUGCUUCAGCAUCAACAUAAUACCACUGAACCUGGCUUCCUACAAUAGUUCACUUGUACUCAUGGCUAGCAAUGGGUUCUAUCAUAGCCUGUGGCAAAGUAGUUUAACCACAAGCACCAAUGACCUAGAUAACAAUCAGAGUAUUCUAUGUCCAAACCAGACUGCUGAUCUGGAGCAUAUAUUUAAGCAAUAAGGCCAGAGGAGGUGAGGUAUAUGGCCAAUAUACCACAGCUAAGGGCUGUUCUUAUGCAGGACACAACGCGGAAUGCCUGGAUACAGCCCUUAGCCGUGGUAGAUUGGCCAUAUACCACAAACCCCUGAGGUGCCUUAUUGCUAUUAUAAACUGGUUACCAGUAAAAAUAAAUGUUUUGUCAUACCCAUGGUAUACGGUCUGAUAUACCACGGCGUUCAGCCAAUCAGCAUUCAGGGCUUGAACCACCCGGUUUAUAGUGGUAUUUAAUUAAUUCUUUCAUUUUGACAGGAUGAACAGAAAUUAGCGAUGAAACAGGGAACCACUCUAUUGGGCUGUAUCAAAGAGCAGGCUGCCAAGUCUGAGAACCACAAACUAAACCCAGACGAGAUGGAGAACCACACCACAGUGGAAAGGUUGGUUACUGGAGAUGGAAGCUCCUAAUAAAAUCAUUUGUAUGUGUUCAGUUCACAAAUGAUUUAAAUGAUAGAAUUUCUCACUAAAAGUAUAUUCCAGAGGUGGAUAAAGAUGCUGCAUAUGAUGUCAUAUGUCCAUGUUGUAUUUCAGGUUGUUGGCCCAGCUAGAUGAGACAGAGAACGCUUUUGAACAGUUCUGGUCUAAACAUCACCUCAAACUGGAGCAGUGCCUACAGUUACGCCAUUUUGAGCAUGACUUCCGAGAGGUACGUAUGUUACUGUGACAGAGUCCCUGUCUGCUGACUGCUGUGGUCAGCAGGUUUAGCUUAAUCACGUUAACAAAGAAAGCUGGACAGAACACAGCCUGGCUAUUUGUGUUCCCCCAGAGAGAGCAAUUACAAGUAGCCAUUACAAUGUAAUACUUUGUCCAAAAAUAGUUGCUUACCCUUCACUUUUCUCAGUUUUAAUUACACAUGCUUUUUUAUGUUUGCAACUUCACGCUUACAGUAUAUAAUGCUUCCUCUCAAGCCUAUGUGUUUGGAAAUACUGUACAUACGUCCUUAACCUCCUGCUCUCUCUGUGUCCACUCCCCAGGUGAAAGUGUCAUUGGACAGUCUGAUGGUGACUCUAACAGCCCUGUCAGAUAUUGGGGACUGUGUCACCCGGGUAGAGAUGUUACUGAAGGACCUCAAGACCUUAGAGGAGAAGGCUCAGGUCAGCCCAGUCCCAUAACAAACGUUAUAUGAGAUGUAACAUCUAAACCUUACAGUACAAAGCACAGUGUAUCCACUAUGUCUGUCUUAGCACAUGUUCAUCAGCCUUUGAUUGAAUUGAAUGUGAGUCUAACAUGGAUGUGGUCAUGUGAGAUGAAUGGCUCUCUGACUGUUGUGUGCGUGUCAGGAGUCGUUAGAGAAGGCCCAGCUCCAUGCCCUACACGGGGACCAGCUGAUUCAGAGCAACCACUAUUCUGUGGACUCCAUACGGCCCAAGUGUGUGGAGCUUCGACGCAUCUGUGACGACUUCACCAACGAGGCUAAGAAAAAAUACGACAUCCUCUCCAAAUCACGGCAAAUACACAAAGGCAUGGACAAGGUGGGUUACAUAGGAGGCUCCUCAUCUCUAUAUUGCUGUCAGAAAAGGCAAUGUCCUCUUGGAGAGAUUGUUUGCAUUAUUAUACACAUCAUUUACACAUUAUCUCAUAAAUUCAAAUAACUUUCACAAAGUUUCCCUCUUCCGUCUAGGUCAGUGGUAUUUAAACUCUUUCAGCGAAGCAAUAAAUACAUUUACUCAAUCAAAUUGUAUUUUUCAAAUGAUCUUUCUCAAAAACACUUGUACAGUAUAUUGUCACAUACAAUAAUCAGUACUCGUAUUUUAUGGUUCCUAAACAACUAUACAUGCCAUGUAUAACGUUAGUGGUUCAAAAUAUACAAUAGUGCCAUUUAAAUGAGCCAAGAUAUACUACUGAUAUGGAGCCUAGACAGUACCUACUGUAGUUGUUUAUUCGUUCAUGUGUUCUCUGGUGGUUGCAGGUGAACCAGUGGUGUGAGUCGGGGGUGUACCUGCUGGCCUCUCAGGCAGUGGACAAGUGCCAGUCCCAGGAAGGGGCUGAGGCAGCCCUGCAGGACAUUGAGAAGUUCCUGGAGACUGCCAAGGAGAAUCAACUGAGUGAACUCAAGAACAUCCACAACCAGUAUGAGCUAGUCCUCAACGCUGAAGUCAAGGUAUGUGCAGUGCUCCCUUAAUUCACUAAUGGAAUCCUAAUUCCUGGAGUUGUCAGCCUACGGAAGAACAAUGGUCCUAUUUGUUGACCCCUGGUGUGUGCUUUCCAUCAGGCCAAUGUACAAAAGGCUCUAAAGAGGCUGGACGAUGUACAGGAGAUGUUUGAGAAGAGACAGGUCAGUCUGAAGAAGCUGUCAGCCAAACAGACCCGGCCCGUCCAGCCUGUGGCCCCCCGGCCUGAGUCCUCUCCUAAACGGCCUGCGCCUCCCAAAACACCCAGGACCACCGGCCCUGCCCCUGGUAAGUCUCCCCCAUAGAGAUAGUUAAAGGGCUCAACUUGGAUGUAGCCCCCUUUAUCAUGGGGAUUUCCAUUGAGAGCUUCCACCAUUUUAAAGUAGUCAACUGGGUGGGGAUUCCUAUGGGUUGGGAGCUAUCAGCCAAUGAUCAGAGCAUUGUCUUCUUCAAAUUGGGUGCUAUGGUGUGUAAAUUAAUUUAAGCUCUAUCACUGACAUCUAAUGGCCACAGUAAAUGAAGGACAAUAUUUGGUUGAGCACUUCAGCACUCCAGGUGGGGGUAAAUCACCAAUACUAGCUUUACACUUUUUUUCAAACACAAAAUAAGAAGAAAACUGACUACUUUAAAAUGGAGAUAGCCUCAAUGGAGCUGCUCAUUCUGUCACAGACGGCAUAAUGGCACAAAUACAAAGUUGAGACCUCUUUCCAUCUGUAUGGUCUCCACCCACUUGACCUAACCACAAACUUUACCUGCCUGCAAUACAAGAUCAUAGUAGAAACAUAGUCUGUACUUUACUUUCCAGGAAGCAAAGUAAUUUUCUAGUUUAAGACAAUGUAUGUGUUUAAAACCUUACAAACUGAGGCUUGUAAAGGAAGUCUAUUGUAUUCACUGCGGUAAUCUACCUAUGACAGGAAGAGGACAUAGCUUUGGGCCAGGGCCUCCUGCCGUUGUUCCACACAGAGAGAAUGGCAAAACGACUGAUGUUUCAACCAGGAUCCCUAGAUGUCUCUAUGCCUUUAUGUCAAACAUUCCGCUUUAAUUUUUUUAACUUUCUCUUUCUUCCUUUUCCCAUCCCUGUUCUGCAACCAUUUCUAGCGCUCAGUCGAAGGAUCUCUGAGAACUCUAGUGCCACAAAGCAGCCCACGGAGGCUGAGCUCGCAAAAAGGAAGAAUGUAAGCCGCAAAGUCAAAGGGAGCCUCAAGGUAAGAUCUAUGGACAUCUCUAGACAAUUGAACCUGAAAUGGUUCAGCCUCAUCUACAACAACAACAACAACAACAGUCUUAUUUUUUGUUGGCUAGCCACUGGUCCAUUUGUAUGACAGUGUUCCGCCAAAUCCUCUUCUAUAAUUCAUCAGAACAUAACUCUUGGUCAAUGGUAGUCUGGGAGAAGUCGUCAUGGGGGUGUCCAGUUUCACCAUCUUCUGUUUCAUGCCUUUCCCAACUGAACCCUGCGGGGAUGAGAAACCCUAGUUUCAAAUCAAUUAUACACCUUUUGCCCUGACCACAUCACGUCUGUCUGAUAAAUAGGAAUAAUGUGCCAUACUAGUCAUGCAUGAUAAGCCUGUCAUCUUAUCUAAAUGUUAGCACUAUGACCAUGAGGCUGACGUUUGAAAGGAAAUAGGGGCCUCCAAGGAAUGUGUCACCCUUUCACCUGUCCAUGACUGCAUCAAUGUGUGUUUGUGUCCCCAGAUUGAGGUAAUGCAUGAGGCAAGCCAGGGAGGCUCCAGCCACGUCCUGGUGACGAACGAGACCGAGGAGAGUCUUUCAAACAGACGGAGGUAA